GUGUUUGUCGUGGCCCCCUUUCCCCCCUGUGUUCACCCUGUCAAAUCCUAGAGCUGUUUGCUCGCUGUAAAACUGCCUGUGUUGGCGUUACUGCAGCCUUGUUGUAAUUUGUCCGGCAGCCCUGUCUUCACACGUGUCUUCACUGACGGAGUCAACUACGGUGCAGGAUGUACAGCUUCAUGGGUGGAGGGCUGUUCUGUGCAGGCGUGGGGAACAUCCUCUUGAUUGUUUCCACAGCAACCGAUUACUGGAUGCAGUAUCGGCAGUCGAGCAACUACAUGCACCAGGGCCUGUGGCGCUACUGUAUGCCGGGGAAGUGUUUCCCGCACAGCGACAGCAUCGCCCACUUAGACGCCACCCGCGCCCUCAUGAUCCUCUCCCUCCUGGCCUGCUUCAUCGGCAUCAUCAUCGGCAUCAUGGCCUUCAUUCAUUACUCGUCCUUCGACAGGUUUGACAAAACCUUCGCUGCAGGCAUUUUGUUUUUCAUCUCAUGCUUUUUAGUGUUUCUAGCGAUGGCCGUGUACACUGGUGUGACUAUUAACUACUAUGGGAAACGCUAUGGAAACUGGAGGUUCUCCUGGUCCUAUAUAAUUGGCUGGGUGUCAGUGGUGCUCACGUUCUUUUCAGGUAUCUUCUAUAUGUGUGCCUAUAGGAUGCACGAAUGCCCCAGGAGCACUAACUCACAUUAGACACAACACUUCUCGACCAUCCUCCCCGAGCAAGCAGUGGAUUAUGAUCCCGAGCGCUGCAUGGAGGCUGCCUGCCUGCAUGUAGAACAUAAAGGAUCAGAAGAUUCAUUGAUUUUAAAUUAAUAAAAAAAACGACU